AUGAUGGACAGUGGCCAGACCACCACCAGCACCGCCCCGUCGGGCAACUCCAGCGAUUUUGUUCGCAAACUCUACAAGAUGCUGGAGGAUCCAUCGUACGCAGAAAUCGUGCGGUGGGGUGACGAGGGCGAUAGUUUCGUGGUCCUAGAGUGCGAGAAAUUCACCAAGACAAUUCUUCCGAAACAUUUCAAACACAGCAAUUUUGCCAGUUUCGUGCGGCAGCUUAACAAAUACGACUUCCAUAAAGUACGGCAAAAUAAUGAGGAGAAUGGACAGUCGCCAUAUGGACAAAAUGCUUGGGAAUUCAAGCACCCCGAGUUUAGAGCAAAUAGCAAGGAGUCCCUCGAUAACAUUCGACGAAAAGCACCGGCGCCACGGAAGCAGGCACAGGCUCACGACGACUCCGUUCCCACCCAACAGAUUGACCUUUUAAAUCAACAGAUCGUUGCGCAACAACAGCAGAUUCAACACAUCUCCGAUCGCUUCGCACAGAUGUCCGUUGACCACCAGCUGAUGCUGCAGGAGGUUUUGAGGGUUCAAAAGACAGUCGUCAACCACGAAAACGUUAUACAUCAGCUAGUAAACUACCUCGUUUCUAUCGAUGCUCGUCAAAAGCGCGACGGCAAAGCCGCACCGUUCCCGGCCCAAGCUGGCGCCAACAUGAGCCCCGCCCAAGUGGCGCCCAUGGACGAUGGGGUUUCCACUCCAUUGCAACAGGCGUCGAAGUUGUUGAGCGACAUGAACGCUGAAAUACAAUUCAAUCUUGGUGGUGUCGAACCCAUAGCUGAGCCGCCCAAAGCUGGUGUAGUUUCCACCCCUACCAUGGAAACUGCACCCCGACAGCGAGUCGCGCCUCCAGGCCCUGCUGUGCCGGCCAACCCUGCUCUUGUAUACCCAAAAAUGAAUGGCGAGAUGGAGCCUGUUGUCUAUCCAGUUGGCACAACUAAUGGAAUAGACCCGAUGUAUGGCGAUCAUGUCAAUAAUGUUCCCUACAGCGUUCCCCCCAAACAGGAGAUGGACGAUCGACGACAAUUUCCUGAAAAUAGGAAAAAGAGCAAUCAUGUUGACCCAGGUUGGAUGCGGAGCCCACGAAUUCUACUUGUUGAGGACGAUGCAACAUGUCGCCAAAUCGGUGGAAAGUUCCUAUAUUCUUUCUCUUGCGAAAUAGACACCGCGCUUGAUGGGUUAGAAGCCGUGAACAAGGUUCAAGACGGCUCGAAGUAUGACCUAAUCCUAAUGGAUAUCAUAAUGCCUAACCUGGAUGGCGUUUCUGCAUGCCAUCUCGUUCGUCAAUUUGACCGGACACCGAUCAUCGCUAUGACUUCCAAUAUUCGCAGUGAUGAUAUCCAACUCUACUUCCAGCAUGGAAUGGACGAUGUUCUUCCAAAGCCUUUCACCCGAAAAAGCCUCUUGGAUAUGUUAGAGAAACACCUGGUUCACUUGAAGACUGCUUCGCAGGGAAUUGAGGGAACCCAGCCCACAACGCCGGCAACGAUCCCUGGCCAGAGCUCUGCCGCACAAUCGGUUACUGUCAAGGAUGAUAGCUCUCCUAGCCAGUCUCCUGCGGCCGCUAUGACUGCUUGGCAAUCCCCAAAUCAAUUCCAACCCAUGGCCGCAGUUCCUGCCAACCUUCCACAGGUUCAAGGCCAGUAUGUUCCAGCAAACCCCGCCCCAGCCGCCUAUGCCAUUGAUCAGAACGGAGUGCAAUAUCCAGCACCUCCAGCGGUGCCGAUGGGUGCUGCAGGGCCGGGUCAAGCUCGACCCCAUCCACGACGGCAUAUCUCCGAGAUAAGCAACGGGGCUGAGAAUCCAAAUCUCCCAAAACGGCAACGCAUGUACGCGCCACCGCCCCAGCCUAUGGUCGGCUCAAUCCAAGCGACACGUACAAACUAA